CCACUCUAUGCGGCCUGUCAGAAUGGACACAAGCAGACAGUUGACGUUCUGUUGAAGAAUGGAGCGAAUGUUAAUCUGACCUGCACAGUUGAUAAUCUCUCAUCUACUCUGGGGAGAGCUGCUGAAAAAGGUCACACAGAGAUUGUGGAGAAACUGAUAUCAGCUGGAGCUCUCAUCAACAAGCACUCUUACACAUGUCAGGUCAGUGGACUUGGUCUAACAUCAGCCACAGUCAACCAACCAACACACAUCCUAGUCCAACUAACUGACUCUAGUGGUAGACCAUACUCACUUCCACUGAAUGUCACCGCACAACUUGAGCUCAUUUCAAAAACCACACCCACAAAUCAACCUGAAGCCACACCCACCAGUCUCACUGUAGCCACACCCGCUAGUAGAUGGCCGCAGUCUAGAGAACCUCCUUCCCAAUACAAGGUGUCGUACACACCAGUCAGUCGAGGUCAACACAAACUCCAUGUUCAAGUCAACGACAGAGAAAUCAAUGGCAGCCCCUUCACUGUGACUGUGUACUCUGACCCCAGACAACUAGGCCACCCAGUGAGGACUGUGACUGGCUUGGACCAUCCAUAUUACAUUGCCUUCAACAGUCAUCAGGAGAUGAUUGUCAGUGAAUAUUGGGUCAUAGAGUGUCUAUCU